AUACAUGGAAGAACUGGUCAAGUAUGUGGAGAGGAAUCCCAAAUCUGCCGUGGCCUCAAAGUGGAAGCAAGAGAAUAUCAUCAAAAGCCUGCCUGCACCUUUGAGAGACGCCAUCAACCCUAGACAGUGGCGCAAGUUGUAUACCCUUCAUGACAUCAACUCGGCCCUCUCCAAAGUGCAGCUUGUUGGCUUCAGUCAGAAAGUGGACAUCUUUGGCUCCCUCACAGUGACCCCCGCCAGUUCCGGCUGCUGUAUUGGCAGUUGUAACUGGAUCAUCCAGUCCACGUUUGAGAAGGUAGUGCAGAGAAUAUAA